AUGACCAAACAGACCUCAUCCCAAGACGAAAGCGUCUCCUCCGGUCGCCAGCCCGACACCAACAACAUCACCAGCACACCAGGCUGGCGACCCGCGCGACCCGCGCCGCCGCGAUCGCGAUCCCCUCCCCCCUUCGACCCAUCCAACUAUCCCGACGGCGAAAAGUCACUCGCAGGCAUAUCGCUGCGCGCCUUCCUCCUAGGCACAGCCCUCGGCAUCUCAACCAGCAUCACGCUCUACCUCCUCGUCAUCUCCCCGCACCCGCUGUGGCGCGUCCCCUUCUUCAUCUCCUCGCUCGCCCUCUUCCACUUCCUCGAAUACUGGGUCACAGCGCAGUACAACACCUGCUACGCCUCGAUCUCAGCGUACCUCCUCUCCUCGAACGGCUGGGCCUACAACGCCGCGCACAGCUCCGCCGUCGCCGAGUGUCUGCUCUCGCACACCCUCGGCCCGCGCGAUGGAUACACCUCCGUGACCGCGUCCAUCAACGGGAUCAAGUGGCAGGUCGUCCUGGGAAUCGCGCUGAUGGUGUGUGGGCAGACGAUCCGCACGCUGGCGAUGAAGCAGGCCGGGACGAACUUCAACCACACGGUGCAGGUGGAGCGGCAGGAGGGCCAUACCCUUGUGCGGCACGGUGUGUAUGCGGUGCUGCGGCACCCCAGCUACUUUGGGUUCUUUUGGUGGGGGAUGGGGACGCAGUUGGUGCUGGGGAAUGUGGUUUGUUUCGUUGGGUAUGCGGCGGUGUUGUGGAACUUCUUUUACAAUCGGAUCAAGCGGGAGGAGAAAUUUUUGGUAUGCUUCUUUGGAGACGAAUACGUCGAGUACAAGAAGAGAACUUGGGUUGGCAUUCCUGGGAUCUUCUAA